UGGAUACUGGAGUGCCGUUUUCUCUUCCAGGGAUCUUCCCGACACAGGGAUUGAAUCCCGUCUCCUGCAUUGACAUUUUACCAUUGAGCCACUUGGGAAGGUACCAGGGUACCCAAAAGAAACCAUGGAGAUUCGGAAACAUGUUCACACACACACACUCAGGUGGUACCCGAAAGAAACCAUGGAGAUUCGGAAACAUGUUCACACACACACACACACACGCAGGUGGAACCCGAAAGAAACCAUGGAGAUUCAGAAACAUGUACACACACACACACACACACACACACGCGCACACGCACACACGCAGGUGGAACCCGAAAGAAACCAUGGAGAUUCAGAAACAUGUACACACACACACACACACACACACAGGUGGAACCCGAAAGAAACCAUGGAGAUUCAGAAACAUGUACACACACACACACACACAGACACACACACACAGACACGCACGCAGGUGGUACCCGAAAGAAACCAUGGAGAUUCAGAAACAUGUACACACACACACACACACACACACACACGCACACGCACACACGCAGGUGGAACCCGAAAGAAACCAUGGAGAUUCAGAAACAUGUACACACACACACACACACACACACAGGUGGAACCCGAAAGAAACCAUGGAGAUUCAGAAACAUGUACACACACACACACACACACACACACACAGACACGCACGCAGGUGGUACCCGAAAGAAACCAUGGAGAUUCAGAAACAUGUACACACACACACACACACACACACACACACACACGCAGGUGGUACCCAAAAGAAACCAUGGAGAUUCAGAAACAUGUACACACACACACACACACACACACACACACACACACGCAGGUGGUACCCGAAAGAAACCAUGGAGAUUCAGAAACGUACACACACACACACACACACACACACACACACACACACACGCAGGUGGUACCCAAAAGAAACCAUGGAGAUUCAGAAACAUGUACACACACACACACGCACACAUGCAGGUGGUACCUGAAAGAAACCAUGGAGAUUCAGAAACAUGUACACACACACACAUACACACAUAUGCAGGUGGUACCCAAAAGAAACCAUGGAGAUUCAGAAACGUACACACACACACACACACACGCACGCAGGCUCACACACAAAACAAAACUUGUUUUGUAAUCCUACCAUCCAGAGAAAAGCACUAUUGUAUGGAUAUCCUUUUGGUGCUUUUUGAACUAUGUAUGCAUAGAUUUUCAUGUUAUUAACUAUGUACAGUCUUUUUUGCCUCCCACCUCAUUUCUUGACGCUUUUCUCUGGUAUUCUAGCUAUAUGAACUGUGUUCAGCCAUGAAUGAAGCAUACAGUGCUUUCUGCCUUUUGAUCCUUGUUAUUCCAAGUGUCAGGAAUUUUCUCUCUUUUCCCUAGUCUUCCCAUUCUACUUCCUAUCCAUCCUUCAUGUCAUAAAUCUCUCAUUACCUUCUCCUCAUCCCAUCUUUGCAUAUGUUGGUAUGGGAAGAUUUCUUAGGAAAUUUGAAUAGAAGGAAAGCAAGUUGAAGAAUGUAAUAGAUGAUAGUACUUUUGUUAAAAUACUGUUUUCUAUAGAUUUUCUAUGAAUACAUCUGUAUUUAUUAAAAUGCAUAGGAAAAAAAUCUAGAGGGAUACCUAUCAGAUCUCUAGAGCAGGCUGAGAGAUUGGCAGUGGUCCUUAAGGGGGACUUUAGAUUAUCUGUAAUAGUUUUUUUAAUAGAGAAGAAUGUUUUUAUCUGUUACUUAAGCUAAAUGUGUGUGUGUUUGUAUGUGCACAGUUUUUUUUUUUUUAAUGCCGGAUAAAUAGAGCUGCUAUACCAUUCUAAAGACCUAAGCAAAUUAAUGCCCUACUCAUGAACUGGUGAUCUAGCACAUUAAGACCUCACUGGUGGAGUAAUAAGUUAUAAAGCUUGGACUUAAGUAUGAUAAUGAUAUUACUUUAAGGCCUAGGACAGCUCAAUCUACCAUAGUACUUUGAAGUCAGUAAGUCAAGUUUUUAGAAACUUGGCAUAUAGUUUCAGACAGACUUCACAGAAAAAUUUGAGAGCCUUCUUUUGUUCCAAGACAGCUCCGUGCUGGGUGCACACAGAUGAGAAAUAUUGUUUGCCUUUAGAAGAGUUCACAGUAUAGAAAAUUCUACAGGUGAUGAGAUCAUCUAUCUGAUAGUGCUUGUGGGAGAAGGGAGAAAAAUGUUUUUGAGAAUCUUAUAUUUCUGUCCCUAUGAUAAAUGUAAACAAGUCUUAAUUAUUAGGAAUUAACUUUCCUACAUUUUACCUU